GGGGAUGUCCUUCCUGAGUCCACUGAGCAACCAGAUCAACACUGAGCCUGUUUCAUCGCGUCCUGCAGCGUUCUUCAGUGAAAGUCGUCCUAGUAGCCAGAAUGGAGUAUCACAAUGCUUCAAAGACCAAUGGAGUAACUCCUGAAUACCUAAACAUAUGCAAUGAGCCUAAAAAUAAUUCCUGCAGACAAGAGAAGGACGCUGCAGAUGAGAACACGUUGUCUCACAUUGAGACGGCCUACACCACCAUACUGAGUGAGCUCGGAGAGGACGUCGACCGAGAGGGACUUCUACGUACACCACUACGUGCAGCCAAAGCCAUGCAGUUCCUAACCAAAGGCUACAAGGAAACAACCCAAGAUAUCUUGAACGAUGCCAUCUUUGAUGAAAACCAUGAGGAGAUGGUGAUUGUCAAGGAUAUUGAUUUGUUUUCUCUCUGUGAACAUCAUCUGGUGCCCUUCUUUGGCAAGGCUCAUAUAGCAUACCUCCCAAACAAGAAAGUGGUUGGUCUCAGCAAGCUAGCUCGAAUAGUUGAGAUCUUCAGCAGGAGGCUUCAAGUUCAGGAGCGUCUAACCAAACAGAUCGCUUCAGCCAUCUCUGAGGCCCUGGAGCCUGCUGGAGUAGCAGUGGUGAUUGAGGCAGCUCACAUGUGCAUGGUGAUGAGAGGUGUGCAGAAGAUGAACGCCAGCACCGUUACAAGUGUCAUGCUGGGAAGAUUUCAUGAUGAUCCAAAGACCAGGAAGGAGUUCCUCGACCUCACAAAGAACUGAAAAUGUUUACUCAAUAACACAGUGAAACAGACAACAGUACUGGCAUUUAACCGCUUACGUGAUUUGUUUUUAUUUUCAUCAAAAUAAAAUACAAAAUGCUUCACUGUAAGUUUACAUAUAUAAUAAAGAUAAAACUGAAUUAUUUUA